AUGGGUCGUAAGGUGUUGGGGUUGUGCGUAUAUAUGAGAACAGAGCAAGUCAAGAGUCGCUGUGAGUCGUGUACGCAAUUACUGGAGAUAGUAAUGAGUAGUAGUAGUAAUAAUGAGGGCAUGGUGCCGGCGAGUGGUUCAGCGGUCGAGACGGUACUAAAGAGGGUUCGAGUGGGUUCAGAUGACAAAGAAGCAUCAUGUUGUGAGGAGGAGGGUCGAGAGAGAAAGAGAAGGAAAGUUUGUGUAAGUGAAAGUGAUAGUUGCACUGUUUGCAUGGAAGAGUUUAAUGGAGGAUCAGAAGUAGCUUGCAUGCCUUGCUCACAUGUGUUUCAUGACAAGUGCAUAAGGACAUGGCUCAGACAAAGUCACUACUGCCCGGUUUGCCGAUUUGAAGUGCCAACUGCUGAUUGA